UACAGUCUAUCGGGUAGAUCCAAUCAAUCUGUGUUGGGAAUACGUUCCGAUUUUAAUUUGGUGGAGAGUUAUGGCUUUCAAUUGCCCGUUCUGGUAAAUGAGGCACUGACCUUCAACGAGAAAAGUCAAUCGGUGUCUGUACGAUGUGCCGAAAAUGGUUGGGCAUGGGUUGUGCAUGGUAGACGUCUUUUGGUAUGGCAAUAUAAAGAUAUGCGCAAUUCGGGCACCGGCAAUUCUCCACCAAAAAGUGCUAAAGAUUUAAUGGCUCGUAACACACAAAGAAGGCCUGGUGCAAUGGCACAGUGUCGUGAAUUGACUUUGCCGCAUUGCGAUAUUGGCCACAAAGCUUCGUUGGUUAGUGUAUUUCUGAGUGAAGGCCAACAAAUGGCUUCAUGUGUUGCUGUCUCUCCCACGGGGGAUGUCCGCUAUUGGCCGUCUAUAGCCCAUGAUGGUAGUUCAGUGGAUUUGACAAAUAUUUUAGAUGGCCAAGAGUUUGAUUUUAUGCUCACACUGCCACCACAACAUAUGCCAAUGAGUUAUUUAUUGGUGACCACCACAUGCAGUUUGGUUCUGUUGCAAUUGCAGUUGCAGAAUGGUCGUCAUGUGUUGCAGCAUAAAACUAUAAGGCAGCCAUCGGGCUUUUUGGGUGGUAUUGGUAAAAAAUUUGCAUCGAUAAUUAUUGGAAUGAAUAGUGGCAAUGAUAAGGAGAAUAAAUUUGUUGCUGUGGCAUAUGAUCAAAAAGCUUGUGGCGAUCGUGAAGCUGUCAUUUCAGUACUUGCCGAUCGUUGGAUACAGCGCUGGCGCUUAAAUCAUUCGGGCAAUAAUGAACAAUUACUAUUCGAAGAUGGAGAGAUUAUAAGGAAAAUUCGUGAUGAAUUUUUGCAAAAGUUUUGGAAUGUUAGAGAUAGUGCAUAUGUGGAUUUACAUCUAUUGGAUAUGCGUAUAUAUGAAAACAAGACCUACAUAUUGGCUGGGGCUAUAAACACCCCGCACACACCUCAAAUGUAUUAUGGCAUAGCCGUCCUAACAACCACCAAUGAAGGCAUGCAUUUACAAUCCUUUGUACCAUUGAAAUUAUCUCAAUUUUAUAGUGUUUCCACUGAAAAUGAAUGCAUGAGCUUACGUUUCAUCAUCUGCCGCACUCACAUUUAUAUCUAUAACGAAAAAGUCGUCUAUCCCCUAAGUUUGGCAAACAUACAAAUGGGUGAAAUUGAUGCAGAAAAAAUUGAAUUUCAUUUACAAGAUGAUCGUAUUUUAAGUGCAGCAGUAUGUGGCCAAAUCCCCCUAAUAUUUAGUCGUACACAUGGUUUGGUUUCAAUAACACCGGGAGAUUUCGAUAGUGCUGAAAUGAUGGUUAAUAUGACAUCUGGCAGUCCUGAUUUAUUUUCACCGAUAGCAACUGCCGCCGCUGUUGGUGAUACAAGUCUACGAGAACAAAGUGUCUUGUCGACAUCGAUGAGUAAUGUUAAUGAACAAAAUUUAUAUAUGUAUGAAUUGGAUCCAGAUUCUAUAUAUUCGGAAUUUAAAGAUGAUGUUAGUCAAUUAAAGGCUGCAUUUAUAUAUCGUUUGAAACGUAACACGGCAAUGUGUAAUACAAUUUUGAAUGAAUUGUUAAGAAAUAAUGUCGAACCAAAUACGGCUGGAAAACUUUCUGAAGCGGCUCAGUUGGAUAGAAUGGUUAUUACAAUUGCCGAAGAUUUGGCUGAAGACGUGCCCGCUUCUGAUCCCCGCUGGGAACAAUUGUUUGAAGAAUCCACUGCCCAUAAACAUGCCUUGGGUAGUUCUUCUUCUUUGCAGAUUAUCACACAAUUGAAGGAGAAAAAUUUAGCUCUUCGACAUUUUGUUGAAUUUUUACAUGCCACUGGUUUGUGGGAUAAGCUCAGCGCCAUACCUAGUGCCGGUGGUAGUGUUCUGAAACCAACAUGUUUUGUUAUAUCGGACAUUAAUGAACGUAUUAUAGCAGCAAUUGCCUUAAGGAGUAUACAAAAUAAAUAUAACAAACUCAUCGAUGAAGCCAUUAAUCUACUUGUACAACGUUGGCAAGAACGUCCACAGGGCAAUUUAACAGCUCAAGAUUUGUUUUAUGUACGCAUUUGUAAAUUUCAAGAAAUUCUACAGGCAUUUUGUGAUUUAGCUGAUGGUCGUAUCGAUACACAACAUCAAACCUCAUCGUUGGCCUCAUUCAUACACGACAUCAAUGUUGUCGUCUUGCACAUAGUUAGUGAAGUUAUGAAUUUCCGUGAGCAAAAUGCCACCGUCUAUUCAUUGCCAGCUGAUAAAAUGGAUACCUAUGAAUAUUUACCAUGGACAGCAAUGUCGGGUAAUAUUGGUAUGCGUGAUGCUCUAUCACAUCUCAUUGAUGUGUCUGUGAAAUACGGGGCACAUGGUACAAGUGAUCCGGACUUGAGACAACGUUUAUAUCAACAAAUAUUGGAAUUAAUUGAUAUUGUACUGGAUGGACGUAAACAAUAUUUGGAUAGUGUACGUGACACUGAGAAAUUUAAUGUCCUACAACAGCAAUUUGAAUCACAACGAAGGGCAUUGAUAUCCAUAUUGCUUGAUGACCAACAAUAUGAAGCUGUUGCCAAAUUAGCCGAGAAAUACUUAGAUUUCCAAUCCUUGGUAAUAUUGUGUGAUGUAACCAAUAAUCAAGAACGUUUAGAUGCCUAUAUUAAAAAAUAUGAAGAAUAUGAUUUUUCACAAUUUGCCAUUAACUGGCAUUUACGUCAGAAUCGCCAGGGUGAAGUAUUUGAACGUUUCAAGGGUAAUCAAGCAGCCUUGUCGCAAUUUAUGCGUGAUCAUCCCACAUUGGGUUGGAUACAACUUGUAUUUAAUGGUGAUUUUGAAAGAGCCUCUAAGACCCUGUUUCAAUUGGCCCAAACUGAGACGGAAUUUGUGCAACGGAAGAAGUCGAUGCUGUCUCUGGCAAAAUUGGCUGCAUUUGCCGCUGCUGAUUCUGAUGUUAGCCUACAAUUGGAAACCAUAAAUGCCGAAUUGAAUAUUGUCGACUAUCAGGAACAGUUAAGUGAUCAUUUGUUGCAGGCAUUCGGUUAUGAGGUGGAAAAUCAAAAAGUUCUUCGCAUUGAAGAAAUUAUCAAUCUUUUUAUUGCCGAUGAACAUGAUGCUGCCACUGAAUUCGAUUUUCGCAAAGCCUUGGAACUGCUCAAUUAUCUGGAAGAUCCAUUUGAGGCGAGGCAUAAAAUUUGGUGUUCGGCAAUAUUGCGAGACAAUUGGACCCAAUACGAUACAAAUACAGCAAUUGAUUAUAUACAGAAUCUAAUGUUUUUCAAAUUGAUUGAAUUGUGUCAUUUGAUGGAUGGUGAUUUCGAAACUUUCCUCCCGCCCAUGGAAGAAUUCUUGAAUAGCAGUGAUUUAGAGGAGUUGGUCAAUAACAAAUCGUUUCAAUAUCUUUUGAAGCUCACAUAUGAAUAUGUCAAUGAUACGUUUAAGAAUAAAAAAGCAGAUGAUAUGAUGGAAAUGUAA